CCGAGGACGACGACGUCAGUGGUGGCUGGGGAAAUCUAUAACUUGGCCUACUGUGAGGCGCUACUCGAUCUGGUGCUAUUGCAGAAGGAAUACGUAAAGCAGUUCUUCUUUGAGAAGCGUGUGGGCAGCGGAGGACUGCCGGGGGUAUCGCAACAUCGGGGCUCCUGCCCGUGCCUCGUGGACGGCAUCACCGCCAGCUUUGGAUGAUUGACGACAAUACGGGUACGGGGCUACAGCAUUACUACUGCCAAAGCCGCCAGCCUAGAUACUAAAAAGCCACAUAGGGCUUCCUCUCUCACCUCCAAUUAUAUAUUCGGUCGCACUCGGCGACAGCGACAGCGUCAGCGCAAACGCAAGCGCUUCAAAUUUUGUAAACGGAAGAGGAAGCGUUUGCCUCUCGACUGUGGUUAUAGUCGUGAUCGUUGUGGUGGUGCUGGUGAACUUUGGCACGGAUCUUCCUCUUCGUCGUCCUGUGUGCCUCGCAUCUGUGUUGUCGUCGCGCGCCAAAAUGGUAUCACAUAGAGGGUUGUCAGUCAUUAAUUUACCAUUUGUUACCAACGGCCUUUUAAUGCCUGACUCCGGCUCCGGCUCCGGCUCGUCCCCCUCGUUCCCCUGCUGGGUGGCUCGCGAGUUGCGCAGCUGACAUCGCCGGCUGCCAAAAUUGCCGCCAGUGGCGACUUCAGUUGUACAAAGACAAUCAAAUCAAACCGAAGUGCGAGUCAAACGCAAAGUGAGAAAAUUGUAUACUAAGCAAACUACAUGUAAACAAAAGAAAAAAACGUUUCGAUAUCAACAUAUAUAUACACACACAUAUAUACAUACGUGUAUAUAUACGAGUAUAUAUACAUACAUAUAUACAUAAAUACAGAUUAGAAUAUUUGUGCGAUCAUCAUCGCAAUCGCAAUCAGCGCUCGAUUGUGUGCGACUCCCCUUUCUCGAUACCAGACUCAAUCCAAGCUGAGAUUCAAAGGGAACAGUCUCCACAAAAAUGUCUGGCAGUCAAGACGGUGGCGCUUGCCUGCUGGCCGUUGCAGAUGAGGCUGUUGCCAGGCACGAGUUGCUGCCCCUCCAUGCCCUUCUCGAUGGCAGCAGUGGACAGUCGCAUUUGCAUUCGCAUUCGCAUACCCACUCCCAUCCUCAGCAUCAGGAGCGAACGAACCUCCACUUUCCCCGCAUCGCAACCAAAAACAACAUGUUGAAGCUGAAUUGGUGGCAUUCACCGACUCAGCCGAUCGAUCUGGUGGCAUCCUAUGCCCGCGCACACGAGCAACAACAACAGCAAUUGUUGCAGCAGACGCGGGGACAGCAUCCACCACAUCUAAUUGACAAUAACAAUACGGCUGCCCAAAGCAGCCUCAACACCCCGGCCAAGUCGACGCCCACACGCCUGCAUCUAGAUGGCAAGGAUCUGAAGCUUUUGGGAGCCGGGGACGGGUGUAGCUUGGAGGGUGAAGACGAAGACUUCGAUCUACAGGACUCCCAGCUACUUGUCGGUGAUCCAAAGCCAUGCAUUGGUGUAUUGAACCAAAGUCAGGAGGACGAGAUGAAAAUAUGCGGCUAUCAGCGUUCACGCAUGCGCACAUUUCUCUGCUGGAUUUGCAUAUGCCUGACAGCCGGACUGCUGCGUCUGGUGCUCCACUGGUGGCGUCAUUGGUAUCUCUUUGCCACAUGCCGCCCCUGCCCCCUCCAGGAUGCCGAACAGGUGCUGGUCGAAGAAGACUACCAGGGAAAGCACAAAGUCUACCAUGUGAAGACUGUCAGCAACCUGACCGUAGAGGACUUGAGCAAAUGCUUGCUACAACAAGCACACACCGUCGAAACCCCAAGAUCCCCAGAAAAUUUGGAUGAGACCAAAUUGCAAUUGUCGGUGCACUUCUCCUCCGCUCAGUUCAAAAAUUGUCGCAGCCUCCGAAUUUUUCGGUGCAAACAAUUGGUCUAUGCCUGGGACGCCAGCACGAAUUCGUUUAAUAAAAUUAAUGGAUUGGAUUGUAAUGUGCCCUGUUCGUAUUUCCAUCAGCAGCGGGGUCUGUCGGAGCAGGAGCAGCUGUCGCGACGGAUUGUUUACGGUUCCAAUGAAAUAACCGUGCCAUAUAGAGAUGUGAAAACACUGCUGUUCUUGGAAGUCCUUAACCCCUUCUAUGUAUUCCAAAUCUUCUCCGUCAUUCUGUGGUUCACCUAUGACUAUUACUAUUAUGCCUGUGUCAUAAUACUGAUGUCGGUAUUCGGCAUUGGCAUGUCCAUUAUACAAACCAAAAAGAACCAAGACGUCUUGCAGAAAACUGUGCUCAAUACAGGCAAUGCCUGGGUAGUCAAUCCGAAGGGCGUCUCCAAAGAGGUGCCCACACAAACUCUCGUGCCCGGUGAUAUAAUUGAAAUCCCCUCCAGCGGCUGUACGAUGCAAUGCGACGCAGUCCUCCUCUCAGGCAACUGCAUUCUCGAUGAGUCGAUGCUAACUGGGGAGAGUGUGCCAGUCACAAAGACUCCGUUGCCCAUGAAGCGUGAUGUGAUUUUCGAUAAAAAGGAGCAUGCACGGCACACCUUGUUCUGUGGAACGAAAGUCAUUCAGACGCGUUACAUCGGAUCCAAAAAGGUGCUGGCCUUCGUCAUUAACACUGGCAACAUUACAGCUAAGGGAGGACUCAUCAGAUCGAUUCUCUACCCGCCGCCUGUGGACUAUAAGUUUGAACAGGACUCCUAUAAGUUUAUUCAGUGCUUGGCGUUGAUCGCUUGUGUUGGCUUCAUUUAUACCCUUGUGACAAAGAUAUUGCGUGGAACGGACGGCGUGAAAAUAGCAGUAGAAUCCUUGGACUUAAUAACCAUUGUGGUGCCGCCGGCUCUGCCAGCUGCCAUGACUGUUGGUCGCUUCUAUGCUCAGAAGCGCUUAAAGAAAAAUGAUAUAUUUUGCAUAGCUCCGCGUUCUAUCAACGUUGCUGGUAGCAUAGAUUGCUGUUGUUUCGAUAAGACCGGCACGCUCACCGAAGAUGGCCUGGAUAUGUGGGGUGUGGUGCCAAAGUCCUCAACGAACCAGUUUCAAAUACCACUGAAAGAUGUUCAGCGUUUGCCUUACGACAAUUUUCUCUUCGGCAUGGUCACCUGUCAUUCUAUAACCGUACUGAAUGGUCAAAUGAUGGCUGAUCCAUUGGAUUUGAAAAUGUUCCAAUCGACUGGCUGGAUACUCGAGGAUUCCAAAAACGUACCUGAAAACGAAAAAUAUGGCCUGAUCUAUCCAACGAUUCUCCGUCAACCGAACCGAGGCGAUGUACAGCCGAAUUUAGCGCUAACAGAGACAGCUGGGGUGCAACGGCAAUCGUCCGUAGAUGAUUUGCUCGCCAACGUUGGUUUGUCGCAGGCCGAGAAGAACUACGAUCACGGCAUUGUGAGGGAGUUCCCCUUUACGUCUAGUCUGCAGCGCAUGUCUGUCAUAACGCGUUGUCUGAGCGCCCAGGGAUUCAAUGUCUAUUGCAAGGGUUCUCCCGAGAUGUUGCAGCAAUUGUGCCAUCCCCAGAGCAUCCCAGAUAACUACUCCCAGCAGCUUUCAACAUUCACCAAAAAGGGCUAUCGAGUCAUUGCCAUGGCAUUCAAAACCCUCAGCCCGAAGCUGAACUAUACCAAGGCACAAAGGUUGUCCCGUGAAGAGGUCGAACAUAAUCUAGAAUUCUUGGGCUUUGUCAUACUCGAAAACCGUUUGAAGCCCGAUACGACAGAGGUAAUCAAUUCGCUGAGCGCGGCCAAUAUACGGACGAUUAUGGUAACUGGCGAUAACAUUCUGACCGCGAUGAGUGUCGCACGCGAUUGUGGCAUCGUGAGUCCCUCGCAGGCUGUGAUUACGGUGCAUGCGGCACCGCUGGACCAUCAUGCCGGACAAAGACCUGAUCAUGUGCAGUAUGAAUUGCAAUAUACUCUGGAUCUGGGCAGCAAAACUUGCACCACUAUCGGCGCCCCACUCGCACUCAACGGGAACAACUUUAAGGAGCAGAAUCACUCCUUGGUAAAUGGCGUCGUGCCUCCUUCUACGCCGAGUAGUUGCGCUCCGAGCACCCUGCCGAAUAGCGACAGCCUAACCAGCGUAAAGACUUGCGCCACCUGGACCCACAACGAUGAGGAUGUCGAGCUUGGCACCCCAAUGGGAAUGGGCGCAUCGCCAGGGGACUCACGGGACUACGAGUAUCGCCUGAGCGAUAACUGGCGCAGACAUUACACUUUCGCUAUGGACGGAAAGACAUGGCAGGUGGUGCGAGAUCAUUUUCCGGAUCAAAUGGAGAUACUGUUGACCCGCGGCGUCAUCUACGCCCGCAUGUCUCCGGAACAGAAACAGGCGCUGGUCAUGGAACUGCAAAAAUUGGACUAUUGUGUGGCUAUGUGUGGAGAUGGUGCCAACGAUUGUGGCGCUUUGAAAGUUGCACACACCGGCAUUUCACUAAGUGAAACGGAAUCUUCGAUAGCAUCUCCCUUCACAUCCCGUAAUCCCACAAUCGCGUCCGUCCCUCACGUUAUUAAGGAGGGACGAGCGGCCCUGGUUACAUCGUUUGGCAUUUUUAAGUACAUGGCAGCCUAUUCGCUGGUUCAGUUCAUAUCUGUCAUGAUACUCUACUCGAUUGACUCAAAUCUGACGGACAAGCAAUACCUAUAUAUUGAUUUGGGUCUGUUAUCGGUCUUUGCCUUCUUCUUCGGCAAGACCGAUGCGUAUGCAGGUCGGUUGGCGAAGCAAGUGCCGCUCAGUUCGCUGAUAUCGCCAGCACCCUUGGUCUCCCUCGUGCUUCAUAUAUGUGUGGUGAUUGUCUUCCAAGUGGCUGGUUGGUACCAGGUGCACCAACAGAGCUGGUUUGUGCCAUUUCAACAUUCUAACGAGGAGCAUCUCGGGUGCUAUGAGAACUACACCAUGUUCGCCAUAUCCUGCUUUCAGUAUAUCAUACUUGCCAUCGUGUUCUCGAAAGGUGCUCCCUAUCGGGCCGCCAUCUGGUCGAAUUGGCCGUUGUGCCUAGCUCUUGUGCUUAAUAUUUGCAUUGUCACCUACCUGAUUGUCUAUCCGACCGAGUGGGCGGCCGAUUUCUUCCAGUUGAUUGUGCCGCCGGAAAUGAACUUUCGAUAUUAUAUGAUCAUAUACGGCGUUCUCAAUUUUGUGGCUCACAUCGUCAUCGAAACCUUUGUGAUCGAGUACUUAGUAUUCAAAAAAUUCCAAGUACGUCGUGAUCAAAAUGCGAAGACAUCGACCCGCAAAUACAUGCGGCUGGAAAACAACAUUCAAAAGUUCGAAAAUUGGCCGCCCAUAACGGAAGUGUACGAGCCACACGAUCCAUCCACAGCUGAGGAGGUGAAACCGACUUAUGUGAACCUGGGCGCCGAACAAGACUUGGAUAUGCCAAAGCACAGUGCCUUCCCCGGGUUCUUCGAGCCAGAGAUGAAUGGACAGCAAAUCCGUCAAUUGCCCAGUCCAGAGCCCUUGAAGGCGUCGGCUCUGCAAAUCUGAAAUUCAAAGGAUAACACAGGAUGAAGAACACGACAGUUACCUAACGUAUGCCUACGCAUCUGCGCAUGCGUAGCGCCAACCCAUUACUUACACAUACAGCCGACAUACAUAUUCAAAUAAUUCAUUUUGGGAAUGCCCUUGUAGCAUAGCUUUUAGUAAUUUAGGCGACGGUAUUGUCACUAUUAUUAUUAUUAUCAUUAUGAUUAUGAUUAUUAUCUA